AUGCAAAUCAACAUCCUCACUCAUACCAACGGUGUUGCAUACUUUCCAGACUACAAAUUCCACCACUACAACCUUCAAAAUGACAGCAACAACACCACCAUUAACAACGACAACAACCUCAGUUACUUUAUCAUAAGUUUGAACAGCUAUGACAUCAACUACAGCACAACAACAACAACCAACACAUCAACAUCGAUGACAUCAGACAACGUCAACAGCACUGACAUCUUCACAACUCUUCACUACUUCAAUCACCGAUAUCAAAAAAUCCACGGUUACCUCAGUCUGCUGGUCAGUCUGUUUGGCGUCUUCUCCAACAUCAUCAACAUAAUCGUGCUGACCAGGAAGUCUAUGAUCAGCUCAGCUACAAACCUGCUGCUGACCGCAUUGGCGAUUUUCGACCUACUGACCAUGAUGUCAUACGUGCCGUUCACCAUUUAUUUUCAUUGCUUGACCAGUCUAAACCCGGAGGAAAACCACAAGAAAGGGUGGAUAAUUUUGCUGGUGUUUCACUCCAGUUUCACCAUCACCACGCACACGUGCGCUAUCUGGAUCACUGUCGCCCUAGCCGUCUUCAGAGAUAACGAAAUUUUUUCGAAAGGUGUUCAUUCAUUUUUGGCUAGCUGGAAAGCUCUUCAGACCAGCGCAGAGUUUUCCACGCAAGGAAAUCCAGACAAAUAUCUCAAUUAA